AUGGCCUGGCUGGGGGCUUUACCCUACGUCUGUGGAUGGUUGAUUCUCAGAAGCUGUUUCCUGGUCGGAGCGCAGCUGGAUUCUGAUGGCACCAUCACUAUAGAAGAGCAGAUUGUUCUUGUUAUGAAAGCUAAAGUGCAAUGUGAGCUCAACAUUACAACUCAACUCCAAGAAGGAGAAGGUAAUUGCCUCCCAGAAUGGGAUGGACUUAUCUGUUGGCCUAGAGGGACAGUGGGGAAAAUGUCAUCUGUGCCAUGCCCUCCUUAUAUUUAUGACUUCAAUCAUAAAGGAGUUGCUUUCCGGCAUUGUACCCCCAAUGGUACCUGGGAUUUUAUUCAUAGUUCAAAUAAAACAUGGGCUAAUUAUUCAGACUGUUUUCUGCAGCCAGAUAUCAGCACAGGAAAGCAAGAGUUCUUUGAAAGUAUCUACAUCCUGUACACUGUUGGCUACUCCAUCUCUUUUGGCUCCUUGGCUGUGGCCAUUCUCAUCAUUGGCUACUUCAGACGAUUGCACUGUACUAGGAACUAUAUCCACCUGCACUUGUUUGUGUCCUUCAUGCUGAGAGCUGUGAGCAUCUUUGUCAAGGACAGAGUGGCCCAGGCUCACCUAGGAAUAGAAGCUCUGCAGUCUCUGGUGAUGCAGGGUGACCUUCAGAACUUCAUUGGAGGACCAUCUGUGGACAAGUCUCAGUAUGUUGGAUGCAAGAUCGCUGUGGUGAUGUUUAUUUAUUUCUUGGCUACAAACUAUUAUUGGAUCCUGGUGGAAGGGCUCUACCUGCAUAACUUAAUCUUUGUGUCUUUCUUUUCGGACACCAAAUACCUGUGGGGCUUCAUCUUGAUAGGCUGGGGAUUUCCAGCAGCGUUUGUUGUGGCUUGGGCAGUGGUGUGGGCCACUGUAGCAGACACAAGGUGUUGGGAACUUAGUGCUGGAGACCGGUGGAUUUACCAGGCUCCAAUCUUAGCUGCCAUUGGGCUGAAUUUUAUUCUGUUCCUGAAUACAGUUAGAGUUCUUGCUACCAAAAUUUGGGAGACCAAUGCUGUUGGGCAUGACAUGAGAAAGCAGUACAGGAAACUGGCUAAGUCAACACUGGUCCUGGUGCUGGUGUUUGGCGUGCAUUACAUCAUAUUUAUCUGCCAGCCGCACUCCUUCUCCGGGCUCUGGUGGGAGAUCCGCAUGCACUGUGAACUCUUCUUCAACUCCUUCCAGGGUUUCUUCGUGUCCAUCGUCUACUGUUACUGCAAUGGAGAGGUGCAGGCUGAGAUGAAGAAGAUGUGGACUCGGUGGAAUCUGUCCAUCGACUGGAAAAGGACGCCACCUUGUGGCGGCCAGAGAUACGGCUCUGUGCUCACCACUGUCACUCACAGCACCACCAGCCAGUCACAGAUGGGGGCAAGCACGCGCCUGGUGCUCAUCUCCAGCAAACCCACCAAGAAUGCCAGCAGACAGAUCGACAGUCAUGUGACGCUGCCUGGCUACGUCUGGAGUAGUUCUGAGCAGGACUGCCAGCCACACUCCACCCCUGAGGAGACCAAAGAAAGACAUGGGAGGCAGGGAGAUGAUAUCCCAACGGGGGCGUCUUCCAGGCCAGUGGCAUUCACCCUAGACUCCGAAGGAUGCAAGGGACAAACCGAGCGUAUCUGA